GGGGGAAGAACACAGAGGAGAGAUUAUUGGGAGCCAGAUGUGCUACUUCCCGAAUCGUCCCGCUAGUACCUCGCUCUCUCCACAUCUGCACCUUUUCCGAUCGCUGUACGUGGUGGGGCCGAACAGAGAUCAGGCCAUGGUAAUUGGUGUGCUAAGUUCAGUGAAGAAAAAUACAGACAACAUCUUGAAGAAAGGAAACAGAAGAUUUGAUAACCUUCCAGCCCAAGGGCAGGACACUUGCACUCAAGGAGAGUCAACAUUCUCCUUAGAUAAAGGCAAUGAUAAUAACAGGACAUGCAUAGUGUCUGCGAGCACAAAAAUUCCAGGAGCAUCUAUGCUAUCUAAAUCUGAAGUUCGUUUGACCCUCCAGAGAAGAAAAGCUGCAGAUAAAGGAAAUUCCUGUAUUCGUGAUGAAACUAAUGUUGACAUUGAUGUGGGUGAAGAAGUAAAGAGGCUUACUUUGCAACGCCGCAUUAGAGUGGGUAACCCAAGAAGAACUAACAAUCUGCAAGAAAAUUCACAAGGCAAAAUAUCUGCAGCCUCAACACCGUGUCCAAGGAAUAACCCAUUACAAUCAAAGUACACCAAUUUGAUAGGUUCCAGGUCUUCUGCAGAGCCUUCAUUAGUGCAUAAGGUGGCAGAAACCAGAAGUUAUCCUUCUACAUUUGUAAAGCAGACCUCAGUUGAUAAGGAACAGGAGAACUCAAUAAAUGUCAAGAAAGAACAGACUUUGAGCAAAUGGUCAACAACACCUAUUAAAAAGGUGGCAGUUAGUAAACCUAAUGAAAAUGGUAUAAAGCAAAAAGCAGACAAAUGUAUCUUUAAAGUGCCUUUUGAACAGAACAAGACAUUAACUAGUGAUGGAAUCAAAUUAGCAAUGAAGCUAGGUAAUCGGCCAGAAGCCAAAAAUGUACCUGAUUUUUCUGUUAAAGCAAAGACCAAAGAUUUCCAAACCACAAACCUAAAAGUAGAUUGUGGAAUGAGUAACUUAAAAUAUUCAUUAAGUUCAGGGAAUAAAGGAGACCAAAAGCCACCCAGAAGUGAUACGCUUACAAGAAGUAUUCAACAGGCAGAAGUAUCAUUGCAAAGACCAUGCACAGUGAAUGAACGUUCAAAUGGAGAAGACAGUGCUGUAACUGUGGCUGUUCGAGUGAGGCCUUUCAGCAAUAGGGAAAAAAUUGAAAAUGCACAAUUGGUAGUUUCCAUGGAAGGACAAGACACUGUUAUCAAACAUCCAGACACCAAUCACACUUAUUCAUUUAUUUAUGACUUUUCAUUCUGGUCAUUUGAUGAAUUGCACCCCAAAUUUUCAAGUCAGGAAACUGUGUAUAACAAAAUAGGACUCCCUCUGCUAGAGAGAGCUUUUGAUGGCUACAAUGCAUGUCUCUUUGCAUAUGGGCAGACUGGUUCUGGAAAGUCAUAUACAAUGAUGGGCUUCACUGAUAAGGGAGUCAUACCAAGAUUCUGUGAACACUUGUUUGCCCUGGUAACACGACCUAACCAGCAGGUUGCAUACUGCAUUGAAAUGAGCUACUUUGAAGUCUACAAUGAGAAAAUUCAUGAUUUGUUAGUUGGUGGAAGUGGAAAAGCAGAAAUAAAGCAAUCUCUGCGAGUGAGGGAACAUCCAGUCUUUGGACCUUAUGUGGCCAAUCUCUCUUCGAAUGUUGUUACCUCUUACGCAGAUGUUCAUGGAUGGCUAGAAUUGGGGAACAAACAAAGGGCCACUGCAGCCACAGGCAUGAAUGAAAAGAGUUCCAGGUCUCACUCAGUCUUCACACUCAUCAUGACACAGACCAAGACUGAAUUUGUAGAUGGGCAGGAACACGAGCAUUGUGUAACAAGCAGAGUAAACUUGGUGGAUCUUGCAGGAAGUGAACGUUGUUUUACAUCUCAGACUAGUGGCGAUAGGCUUAAGGAGGGUGUGAGCAUAAAUAAGUCUCUCUUCACACUGGGAAAGGUUAUUUCAGCACUUUCGGAACACUUUCAGUCUAAGAAGAAAGUUUUUAUCCCUUAUCGGGAAUCUGUUCUAACAUGGUUACUGAAGGACAGUCUUGGUGGCAAUUCAAAAACAGCUAUGAUAGCUACUAUCAGCCCUUCUGCCUCUAAUGUGGAGGAAACUCUAAGUACACUUAGAUAUGCCAAGCAAGCUCGUCAAAUUAUCAAUGUUGCAAAAGUGAACGAGGACUCAAGUGCAAAAUUAAUUAGAGAGCUGAAAUUAGAGAUUGAAAAGUUGAAAGCUGCUCAGAUGAGUAGCCAAGGAAUUCAGUCUGAGAAAUAUAAAUCAUCCCAACGAGAAAUUGAGGCCUUAAAAUUGAAGCUUCAUCAACAGGAGAGAGAAAUUGCAGAGGCACAUAGGAAAUGGAGGGAAAAAUUGGACCAAGCAGAGGAGAGAAAGCUGGAAGAAGCGAGAGAACUGCAGAAAGCGGGAAUCACUUUUAAAGUGGAUAACAGUUUGCCAAACCUGGUCAAUUUGAAUGAAGAUCCACAGAUUUCUGAGAUGCUCUUGUAUAUGAUAAAAGAAGGUCAGACAAGAGUGGGAAAACAACAGCCAUACUCCAAGCACGACAUUCAGCUGUCAGGGGCACUCAUUGCUGAUGAUCAUUGUGUGAUACAAAGCUUAAAAGGUACAGUUAGCAUUGCACCAAUAGGCGAUGCAAAUACAUAUGUCAAUGGACAUCUUAUAAAGCAAUCAACUGUGCUGCAUCAUGGAGACAGAGUAAUACUUGGUGGUGAUCAUUACUUCAAAUUUAAUCAUCCAUUGGAAGUCCAGAGUGGACAAAGAGCAUCUUCUGGGAAUGCACUCCUUGGAGAUCCUCCAAAAGACUUUGAAUUUGCAAGAGAUGAACUUCUUCAAGCUCAAAGGGCAAGACUUGAAGUUGAAAUUGAAGAGGCACGUUUGCAAGCUAAACAAGAGAUGAUGCAAGGUAUCCAACUUGCAAAACAAAUCGCUCAAGAGGAAUUAUCCAAUCAAAAAUCUCUGUAUGAAAAUAAAAUACAAGAGCUUGAAAAGGAAUUGGUGAAUGAAAAUAGAAAAAAGAAAGAAAUGGAGCUGCAGAAUGUCAAAAAGCAGCUUCAAAAGGAGAUGCUAGCAAACCAAAGGCUUGAACAAGAGCUGGAAAUGAACAGGAAGCGCCUUGAAAUGGAGGCCUCAGCCACAAAGCAGGCUUUAGAAGAUCAUAAUAUACGGCAUGUAAAGUUUCUCGAUGCUCUGGAGGCAGAGAAGAGAAAGAUGGCACAAGAUUUGGAGCGAAUGCAGCAAGAACGGCAAAAGAAAUGGGAGGCUCAAAAUUUUACUUCAUGUACAAACCAUUCAUACUGGAGCUCCAUGAAGCUUUCAAUGAUGAUCCAGGAAGCUAAUACUAUUAGCAGCAACUUGAGGAAGCACACUAUUUUCAUUAGACAUGAGCCUGACAACAAAAAUGAAAGCCUAAAAAGUCCAAUUCAGGUUCAAGUUAAAAAUAUUAAGUUAGGCAUAAGCACUUUCUGGAGCUUGGACAAAUUUGAAGGCAAGUUGGCAACUAUGAGAGAACUCUAUCAGGGUUCUAGGCAUUCUGGAGAGGAAGACAUAUUUUAUGAUCCCAAUGAUGACUGGGAAACGGAUUUGACGCUCUCUUCCUCUUUCUCUAAAAGACGAAGUAGAAGUUUUUUCAAAAGCAAACAAAUGACUGGAUGUUUAGCAGGAAUCCAAGCACUUGCAACUCAAAAUAUGCAGUCUGCACAUACAGAGUUACUGAAUUUGUCUCGAAGUAUUUGCCCCAUGGGCUCUGAGUCAACAUUACCUGUUGUUUGUAAGGAAAUUUUGAGUGCAGCUGUUGACUUUCUGGGAAGAAGUCAGGUAUCACAAGAAAACAUCCCUGACAGACUCGUUACUGACCUCAUCGCUGUUCAUAAGGAAACAAUGGAAAUUUCACAUACCUAUGAAAAGCUAGAUGAAGGAAGUCAAGAAAACAUGUUCAACAGUAAUCAAACUAUGCAGUCUUGCUGCAUCAGAACUACAUCAAAUUUUGAAAGGGUGACAAUUCUAGUGAAGCUUUGGACAGACACUACCCCACAAGACUCUUGCUUUGGAAUGAUUGAAGAUGAACUGCUUGGGGAAGUUAAAACAUUGGGGCAAAAUUUACAACUGUUAUUACAGGGCUGUGAUUCAGAUAUUUCCUCUAUGGUGGUGGAAGCUCGGAACAAAAUAAGCCAAACAAUUAGAAGACUUGUAAAGCACAUAGGUCACUUGGCAGCCUGCAUGGGCAUGGAGCUGCAUUUUGACGAAGAGAACAUGGAUGAUUCACAUAGUUACAGGAGAAAUAUUUUUGCCAGUUUUUAUGAGGGGGGAUUCUCUGGAAUGGAGAGUCUUCUGAAUGUUGGCCUAAAAGGAAUAAAAGAACAUCAGAAGCUUUUGCAAAAAGAGUCGCCUGAUGUGGAGGCACUUGAGCAACUGAAGAAGAGGAGUAUGGCAUUGUCUGUUUCAAUCCAGAACUAUCUCAUGGAACUUAAAAAGAAGAUGGGUGCUCAAAUCCAAGAAAACAUGACCUGUUGUAUGGACUCGCUCAAGACCCUGCUCACCGUUGCUGCUGUAAUGGUGAAGCUUAAUGAAAGUUCACACAGUUUAUACCAGCUGAUGACUUUGGUGCUGAGAGGUGACAGUGUGGCCAAUGAUCAGCUAAAAAAAUUCAUAGACGUGGUUUGUUCAUCAGUAAAGCAAGUGGCUGAUAAAUUUGGGAGGCUCUGGGCUUCCUCACGCCAUGAGAAGAGUGCAUCCUCUGUCAGAGAAAGUAAACCUGACAAAGAUUCUCAGUUAGCGCUAAGUGAAAUAGAGCUGGCUGCCUGCUCUUUCCUUGAUUUAAUUGAAUAUCUUCAAGAUGAAGAGAGACACCCAAGUUACUCUGAUAACAAUGAAAAGAACGAAGGGAAGAUCAAGACUUCCACAGAUGUUAACUCUGCUAGGUGGUAUGGUAGAGGUGUUAAGAAAGUUGUAUACACACUCCAAGGAACAACUUCAGCUUCAGAAAAAUCAAGUGCACAAUGGGUUUGAAAGAUCGCCAACCUGAAGUUCAUCAAAUCUUUAAUAUCAUAAGCAAUAAAAUGAUUGUUUCAUUGCACUUCAUUUAUGGUUUACGAUCUACAGAAUCUCCUGUACAUUCUUAAUAUUAGAAAUGCAGCAGAUAUAUAUAUUGUUGCUAUUUAUUACUGAACUGAUUGAAUUUUUGUAAACUUUUGGUACUGAAAAUACACCCUUUUGCCUUGUAUAAAAUGCAUUUUCCUUCCACUCUUCCCUCAAGGGUUGGUACCAUAUUUCACAAAAAAAAUGGUUGAAUAAUAUUUUCCUUUUGUAUAUGUUUUUUUAAAGUUGAUAAAAACAACAGCAGGUGAACUGGGCUAAUAUCUUUCUGGGUAUUCAGCUACCAAGCCUGCCCUCAGUACUUUCCUUGGUAGUAUAGAUAGAGUGUUAACCUGUUGUGUUCUGAUCUGAAGACAAAGAGUUGCACCAUCAGACCCUGCCUGGGUCAGUACCUUGAUGGUUUAGCCCUAAAUUUGCCACACGAUCACAAGGCUUUUGAAAGGGAAAAUCUUCUGUGAUCCAGGCCUGAGAAGUCAUACUUCUAUUUCAGAUGUUUUGUAUUUUACUGCCUGGAGAUUAAUGAUCCCAGCUGAUAACCAUUUAAAUUGCAAUUCUAGUUAAAAACUGGCUACAGAGGUUCUCCCAAGUGAAAAUAAACGGAAUCCAUCUAAGAAUAAAUGGUACAAGGAAAGAACAUAUUAUAUGAGCUGAAUUAUACUGCAAUGUUUCUCAGCUACUUCAAUAAUGUAGGUUAGGUUAUUAUCUGAUUCUUCCACGAAAGUGAGUUUGCUGUUUUAGAGAAAAGCACAAAAUGUAUGUAUGCAAUAAUAUCUAAAAAUAAUGAUGAACAUAGUCAUCUUCCUCAGACCAUAUUACACGUUCCUGUUUUGUUCUUUAAGCACAAGUUAUAAUAAUUGAGGUGCAAGGGGUUUGCACAUUGAUCUUUCACUUCAGAUGAAUAUAAUGGGAUGAAAAAGUAUCUCUAUUGUUGCAGAGGUAAUGUGUGUAGAGGCUUUGACAGUCUCAAAAGUGCCUAUUGUUUUCAAAUUCUCAAAUAAGUUGUUGGAAUGGUUAAUUUAACAACUAGUAAUAUUUGAAUAUAGUUUGGUGGAUGGGUGCUACUGUGUUCUGUGUCAAACUACAUCACUCAAGGGUACUUUACUACGCAGCUGACAGCUUGGGGAUCCUUACAAUAGUUAAAAUGUUUCUGGAUAAAUCUUUCCAGCAUACUUUACUCAUUUGUGAAUGGCCUAGCAGUUAUAUUUAAAAUGUGUUUUUUUUUGUCGUCCAAGAAGAGUAGAGUAUGUUAGAAUUAAAGCCGAUGAAUUUCAGCUUGGCUCAGAAAAUUGCUUUGUUUGUUUUGGUAGGGAUUAUUUUCUCUGAAUGUAAAAAAAAUCUGAAUCGUUACACUGAUAUGCCAUUCCUUGUAUUUCAAAAAUCAAGGUUGACUGUACGGACUUGAAAUUGUAAAAUCAAAGGGAUAAAUAGCACUUGUAUUAGAGUUAUUACAGCAUUAAAGACAAUGUAAUUUAUUUGCACCACCACUCACACUUGUUGACUUUGCUGAUCUGCAGUCAAAAGUGCCUUGCUUCUUCAUGCUCACAUAAGUGCAGGGAAAACCUUUCAGGUUUUUAAAUAAAGUAAUGCUUACUUCUAAAGCAGAGACUCCAUAGAAUCUUUUAAUUAAGUAAAUGUUAUCAAUUUCGAAGCUGUGUUGGAAACUUUAUGACAAUGGUAGGUUAAUGUUUUAUCUGUAGUACUGCAGGUGGUAGAUUAAUAUUUUAUCUGUCUCAUAGAAUGUCACUCAUUUAUUUCACUUGAAGUUACAUAAACAGGACUUUCCAUAAGGUUAGGAGCUGAAUUAGGGUAUUCACCCCAUCAAGUCUGCUCAGCCUUUUCAUCAUGGCUGAUUUAUUAUCCCUCUCAACCCCAUUCUCCUGCCUUCUCCCUGUAAUCUUUGAUACCUUGACCAAUUAAGGACCUGUCAACCUCCACUUUAAGUAUACCCAAUGAAUUGGCCUCCACAUCUGUUUGUGGUAACGAAUUCCACAGAUUCACUACCCUCUGAAAUUCAUCCUCAUCUUUGUACUAAAUGGAAGUUCCUCUAUUCUGAGGCUGUGCCCUCUGGUUCCAGACUCCCCCACAACAGGAAACAUCCUUUCCACAUCUACUCUAUCUAGGCCUUUCAAUAUUAGAUAGGUUUCAAUGAGGUCUCUCCUCAUGUUUCUAAACUCCAGCGAGUAUAGGCUCAGAGCCAUCAAACACUCUUCAUUCUCUUCCUCUGGACCAUCUCCAAUGCCAGCACAUCUUUUCUUAGAUAAGAGGCUUAAAAACUGCUCACAAUACCCCAAGUACAGUCUGAUCAAUGCCUUAUAAAGCCUCACCAUUAUAUUCUUGCUUUUAUAUUCUAGCCCUCUUGAAAUGAAUGUUAACAUUGCAUUUGCCUUCCCUACCACCAACUCAAACUGCAAGUUAACCUUUAGGAAAUCUUGCACAAGAACUCCCAAGUCCCUUUGCACCUCCGACUUUUUAAAUUUUCUCCCCAUUUAGAAAAUAGUCUACGCCUUUAUUCCUUCUACUAAGUGCUUGACAAUACACUUCCCUGCACUAUAUUUCACUUCCAUCUUUUUGGCCAUUCUCCCAAUCUGACUCCCUGCUUCCUCAAUGCUACCUGCCCAUCCACCUACCUUCAUAUUGUCUGAAAACUUGGUCAAUAAGCCAUCAAUUUCCUCAUCCAAAUCAUUGACAUAACAUGAAAAGAAGCAUUCCCAACACCAACCUUUGCGAAACACCACUAGUCACUGACAUCCAACCAGUAAAGGCCCCCUUGAUUCCCACUCUUUGCCUCCUACUAGUCAGCCAAUCUUCUUUCCAUGCUAGUAUCUCUCCUGCAAAACCAUGGGCUCUUUUUAAGCAGCCACAUGUGCGGCACCUUGUUAAAGGCCUUCUGAAAACCCAAGUAUACAACAUCGACUUUCCUUCAUCUGUCCUGAUUGUUAUUUCUUCAAAGGUUUUCUCUUAAGGAAACCAUGCUGACUUUGGCCAAUUUUAUCAUGUGUCUGUUGGGAAUGUCAUAUGUUGAAAGACUGGAGCGACUGGGCUUGUAUACACUGGAAUUUAGAAGGAUGAGAGGGGAUCUGAUUGAAACACAAAAUUAUUAAGGGAUUGGACACGCUAGAGGCAGGAAACAUGUUCCCGAUGUUGAGGGAGUCCAGAACCAGAGGCCACAGUUUAAGAAUAAGGGGUAGACCAUUCAGAACGAAGUUGAGGAAAAAGUUUUUCCACACAGGGUUGUGAUUCUGUGGAAUGCUCUGCCUCAGAAGUCAGUGGAGGCCAAUUCUAUGGAUUCUUUCAAGAAAGAGUUAGAUAGAGCUCUUAAAGAUAGUGGAGUCAAGGGAUAUGGGAGAAGGCAGGAACAGGGUACUGAUUGUGGAUGAUCAGCCAUGAGCACAGUGAAUGGUGGUGCUGGCUCGAAGGGCUGAAUGGCCGACUCCUGCACCUAUUGUCUAUUGUCUCCAUGUACCCUGAAACCUCAUCCUUAAUAAUGGACUCCAACAAUUUCCCAACCACUGAAGUUUAAGCUAACUGGCCUAUAGUAUCCUUUCUUCUGCCUCCCCACCUCUUCUUAAAGAGUGGAGUGACAUUUGCAAUUUUCCAGUCCUCCAGACCCAUUCCAGAAUCUCAUGAUUCUUGAAGGAUUGUUACUAAUGCCUGCACAAUCUCUUCAGCUGUCUCUUUCAGAACCUUGGUGUGUAGUCCAUGUCUAGGUGACUUAUCUACUUUCCGACCUUUCAGCUUCCCAAGCAACUUCUCCUUACUAAUAGCAAUGGCACUCACUUCUGCCCUCUGUCACUCUCACAUUUCUGGCAUACCACUAGUGUCUUCCACAAUGAAGACUGAUGCAAAAUACAAAAUGCAAAAGUUUGUACGCCAUUUCUUUGGCCCCCAUUACUACUCUUUCAGUGGUCUAAUAUCCACUCUCGCCUCUCUUUCACUCCUUAUAUGUCUGAAAAAACUUCUGGUAUCCCCUUUUAUAGUAUUGGCUAGCUUAUUUCCAUGUAUCAUCUUUUCUCUCCUUGGGGCUUUUUUAGUUGCUUUCUGUUGAUUUUUAAAAGCUUUCACUACUUUUUACUCUAUUAUAUGCCCUCUCUUGAUUUUAUGCUAUCUUUGACUUCCCCUGUCACUCACGGUUGCCUCAUCCUCCCUUUAGAAAAUGUCUACAUGUUUGGUAUAUAUUUAUCUCGCACCUUCCAAAUUUCUCCCUGAGCUCCAGCUAUUGCUUUUCUGACGUCAUCCCUAGUGUCCCCUUCAACUUUUCCCAGCUUCUCUCUCAUGUCUCUGUAAUUCCCCUUACUCCACUAAGUUUAACUUCUCCCUUUCAAAUUCUGAUCUGUCUAUACUUUGGCCCACCAUUUGCUGUGAUUAUUUUUGCGUUGAUCUGACAGAUUAGUCCCUGUAGUUAUUCCCCUCCUUCUUUACUCCCUGAAUUUCAGAAACAGAUCAGAAUAGAUCUCGGUUGUGAUCAAUGCUAGUUCGCCAUAAUUUCAAAGACAAAAAAUGAAAAAGAAUUUCUGCAGGGAAUCUCUCAGAUGAUGGAGUCAGUGUUUUUAAGGGGUCAGAAAAGAUCUAGCUGUCGAUUUUGCUCUCUACAUUUUCACUGAUGUCAGGUGAGGAUCAUGUCCAUUCUGCCUAUAGAAUUCACACAAUGAUUCCAGGGGCUAGUUCUUUGGCCAGUGGGGCAGAUGAAUUUUGAGGAUCCAUGCUGUAUUUAUCAUGGACAGAUGUUUCCAGUACAAGGCUAAUUAGAUGGUUGUGAUAACUAACAAUAAAUCUCAUGCCCUUUGUUUCCCAGACAUGGAAGAUGAGGUGAAUUUGUGACUGAAGUUCCUCUCUGCCAAGUUUUAUAACUUCAGAGGAAAUAUCACUGGCUCACAAGAACUUCUUGUUAACUGUUGGCAUGUGAACUUCCUGACUUCAUCAGUCAGGAGAUUGAGGCUGGACUGGAUCUUUUAGUACUUUUAGUUCUACAUGAUUUUUUUGUGUGUUCUUGACCAUUCUUUUUACCGAUUGGCAGGCUGGGAAUUUGGGUGAUCUGUUAGAUUUUGUG